GCGGGGAAGAAGAAAAACCCUAAUGAAUCAAUAUAAAUGUUAAAAAACCCUAAUGAAUCAAUAUAAAUGUUAAAAAACCCUUAAACCCUAUUUCUCAUCUGCAAACUAGUUCACCUCUUUCUCCACUAGUUUUCUGCAUUCGUCUCUCUUUCGCUCAACCUUUCAAAUGGACUCACCAAUGGAGUUUUGGGGCGUUGAGGCUAAAGUUGGACAAUCUGUUAAAGUUGAUCCAAAUGAUGAAUUUGAGGGAUACAUCCAUAUUUCCAAGGUUGCACUUGGAGAGUUUAAGAAAGGAAAAGCAAGUGAACCUGUUGUUGUGUACGUGAAAGUUAAAGAUCAGAAGAUUGUUCUUGGAACUCUUAUUAAGGAUGAGAUUCCUCAGAUUUCCCUGGAUAUAGUUCUGGAACAGGAGUCUGAACUUUCCCACAAUUCAAAGAAUGCUGCUGUUUAUUUUUCUGGAUACAAAGUUUUUCGCCCUGAUGAUGAAUCUGAAGGCUCUGAGUCUUCUGAUAGUGAUGAAGAACUUGCUCCUUUGAAGGAAAACGCAGUAAAGGUGGAGGCUGAUAAAUCUGGAAAACCUACUGCUGAAGUUGAUGCAUUGACAAAGCAAGUCAAGGUUGUUGAUCCAACGAAUGGAAAGAUUGUUGAUCCAGUGAAACAUGAAGAUGAAUCUGAUGAUGAAUCAGAUUCGGAUUUUUCUGAGGACGAAAUUUCUGAUGAUGAGAUUGAUACUGAUAGUGAUACUGAUAAAAGUGACCAAAAUGUUACGGAUAGUGAUACAGAUAGUGACGAAGAGACUCCUGCUAAGAUUGACUCUGAUAGUGAUGAGAGUGAGAGUGAACAAGACGCUAGUCCAAAAAGUCUUGAUGCUGAUACUACUGGUACUGACAGUGAUACUGAUAGUGAAGAGGAGACUCCUGCUAAGGUGGUGACUCAGGGCAAGAACAACAAGAGAGGAAUUGGUGCUGGAUCACAAACUCCAGUUCCCGCCAAGAAAGCUAAGAAGGCUACUCCUGAAAAGACUGAUGGUAAAAAAGGUGUACAUAUUGCAACUCCCCACCCUACAAAGCAGAGUGGAAAGUUUCAUCAGAAUGCUGCAAAGGGCCAGACUCCCAACUCUAGCAAGCCUGGUCAACAAAGUAAAAAGUCCAAGCAAGGUCGUCGGUGAUAUUUCAUUGAUUACCAUAUUCACUUAGUAAUUUUCCAUUGUAUUUACUGUGAGUAUGGUAAAAAUGUUUGGUGUUUUAUCCUAGCUUUAGUAAGCUGUGGAAACUGAGAAGUUUACUGGAAAGUCAUGUCUUGAAAUUUUGUCAACAUUGUUGAACUUCAAUUUAUUGAAAUUACUGCCUUUAAAUCUUUGGUGUAUUGCUCAACACAUUCUUGGGUGUUAAUUGUCUGGUUAUUGGAGUGUUAAAGUUGAUCUUAAAUUUUUCUAAAAUGGUUUCACUUU